GGUUGACGCGAUAAGAUUGCUGAAGCUUCUUCUUCCUGAUUGGCAAGGGCGGCUUGCGUGCUAAAGUGUCUGCUGAUCUUGCGGACAAGGAUGCAUAUAAGAAAGCGGAAACAGACAUGCGAAGGGCAUAGGGGUCACACAAGUCUAGCAAGCACAAGAAAAUAUGCCCUCCAAGGUUGACAAGGUCGACCAGAACUCGAUCCGACGGCGGGGCGCGGGCCUCAUCGCCAUCGAUCCCGACAGGGUGGUGCCGGGCUGCGUGCUCGUCGCGCCACUGACGACGAGCCAGGUGCACCUGGUCGACGAGCUGGGCGAGACGCGCUGCACCUAUAACAUGCCCUGGCGCAACGGCCGGCAUGCGCGCCUGCUCGACAAUGGUCGCCUGGCCAUCAACAGCAUCGACCCGGCGACGACACGCCCCUUCUGGUUCUUCAACAAGUACGGCGGCGGCAUCAUGUCCGAGGUGGACCCGCAGACGGGCCGCAUCGUCCGACAGCACCACGAUGCGCUCCAGCACCACGACGCGCACCACUACGGCGACGGCUCGGGCCGCAUCCUCUACACGAGCCUCGAGGAGUUGAGCGAGGAGGCCUCGGCGGGCGUCCAGGGCGGCCUACCGGGCAGCGAGGCCGCGCACGGCCGCGUGUGGGCCGAUGUGAUCCGUGAAGUCGACAGCGAGGGCCGCGUGACGUGGGAGUGGCGCGCCGCCGAGCACUUGGACCGCGCCACAUUCCCACUCCAGGCACCCUACCCGCGCGAGCACUGGCCGCUGAUCAACUCGGUGCUGCCCCUGGCCGACGGCAACAUCCUCGUCUCGCUGCGUUCCGUCUCGGCGGUGCUCAUCAUUUCGCGCGCCGACAAGCGCAUCAUCUGGCACCUCGACGCCACCGUCGUCGCACAGCAGCACUGCGCGUCCGAGGUCGGGCCCGAGGGCAACAUUCUCAUCUUUGACAACGGCGCCUUUCGGUUCCGCGAGUCGUUCCAAUUCAGCCGCGCCAUCGAGGUCAGCCGGACCACCAAGGAGGUCGUCUGGUCGUGGACGGACCCUAGCAAGGAGCGCUUCUACAGUCCAUUCAUGGGCUGCGCACAGCGCCUCGAUCCCGCAACACGGGCAGCUGAUACGGAUGCCGACACUGUCCCCCCUGGUCCACGGGGCAACACGCUGCUGACCGAGAGCGCAUUCGGCCGCCUCAUCGAGGUAGACGCCGAGGGCAGCGUGUGCUGGGAGUGGGUGAGCCCCUUUUUCGCGCGCUACGAAGAAGCACAUGUCCGCGACGUCUUUCCCGGCGAGUCCAACGCCCUCUUCCGGGCGUACAAGUACCCCUACGCGAAGCUGGGCUGGCUGGGCCCGCGUGGCGAGCACCGCGUGUGCGAUGUGGCCGAGGCAGAUGCAGAUGCAUGA